AUGGCCGAACAAACAUCGGACGCGGCGCCGCAAGUCACAGAAGCAGAGCCCACGCCAAUCACAAACGGCACCUCUACCGCUGAGGCAGCAGAUGUGACAAUGGCAGACUCUACAGAGAUCCCAGUUAAUCUAGAGCCACAACCCGAAACAACACCUCUACCAGAAGCGCAACCAGCACCUACGCCAGCACCCGUCUCAGCACCUACACCUACACCUGCGCCGGCAGCGCCAGUCUCAUCGCGCAACUCACCACACCCAAGUGUGCCACAGCAAGCGCCCACGCAGCCGAUACCACACGGCAGUCCGACACGCGUAUAUCUGAACCAGCAUGUUACACCACACUUGCUGGAGGCGAUGAAGCACUUGGCUAUGAACGAGCCGGAGAAGCCGCUGAAGUUUUUGAGUGAAUUUCUGGCUAUGAAGAGCGCCGAGAUUGAGGGGUGA